AUGUCUUCUCGCCCUUCAGUCGUUGGCCCGGACGCCGGUCCUGAGGCUCCCUAUCCUCUUCACAUGGAGGGAACAGUAAUCUCUGGGUUUGGCCGUGGCUCGAAAGAGCUCGGCAUCCCAACCGCCAACCUUCCCGUCGAUGAGGCUCUCACUCCCUGGAUCGCAGACAUCCCCUCCGGAGUCUACUUUGGCUACGCCUCUCUCGCUCUCCCCACAACGCACCCAGACCACCCUUCCUCAAACUCAUCCUACACCACUCCCAACACUGACACAGAGGAUGCUCUUCUGGCUGCCGCUGCUCCCGCCCAAUCCGCCUUCCACAUCUUCCCCAUGGUGAUGUCCAUCGGCUACAACCCCUUCUACAAGAACACCGUUCGCAGCGCAGAGGUACACGUCCUGCACAAGUUCACUGCAGACUUCUACGACGUGACUAUGCGUCUUCUUAUCCUCGGCUUCAUCCGUGAGGAGAAGGACUACAAGAGUCUGGAGGCCCUCAUCGAAGAUAUCAACUUCGACUGCGAGGUCGCAAAGAACAGUCUCGCCCGCGAAGCUUGGGCUCCCACAAAGGGCCGCGUUGUUGGUGGCAAGGAUGUAGAGGGUAAAUUAGAUGUCCAGUGGCUAGUCCGUGAUGCUUAA